CUUCUUUUGAUUCAUACACGCUCAAAGACUGGAGUUUCUAUGUAUGUCGUUCCCUUGUUCCAAACCUCAAGGCAAGCACCUCUUGAGGAACCAGGGCGAUGACCCGCCCCUUGCUCACGAAGCAAAGGAAGCCUGAGUUUGUGGCCUGAAAGGGACACGGGCUGUCGUGGGAUCUGGCCGCUUCCCCUUACCCGAGAAAGCAUCUUCGACCAGGCACCUAGACCCACGUAGGCUGUGGGUUUGAAACACGUCCACAACGACAUUAUGAGAUACUGUUUUGUUCUCUUUGCCAUAUUCUCCAUUGGCCCUGAAAGAGUGACGAAACGCAUGUUCUGCUGAUGUUCUGAGGCCCGGGGGAAAUAUUUUGGCUGGCUUGCUGUCGUACCCAGCCCCCCAAGGGAUGGAGGCUCCGCAAACAAAACGCCCGGGCGUCGACGAGCAGCCUUUUUGACACGGAGAGGCGAAGGGAGUCUGAUAUUGUGACACCUGCUCAUCGUCGUUCCCCGUCGAUAACUCAUCGCAAUACCGCUUUGGAGCUUCGAUCCUUCGCCCGGCGAACAGCGUAGAGCGUAUGACAGACAGGCGAACCUGUUAGAAACGAACUCGAUCUCCCUCAGGACUUUACCAGCUGCAUCCAUUUGGGGUGUUCCGUAGUACGCCUUGCUGUUCGCUGAGAGCCAUAAGGGGAAGACGCAGGGCUGAACAAUGCGGUCGUACACCACCUCCGAUGCUUCUGCAGAACAAACUGCAUUGUCGAUGUCGCCCCUCUCCCAGAGAUCGCCGAACAGAGUACGAGAUCCGGGACACAAGGUAUCGUUCACCCGUCCCGGCGAGGUUUCUCAUACGCGCUAUAAUACUCAACCUCGUCUUCGCAGUCACCAGGGCGUCCCCAACACAGUCAGUCAAACGAAACAAACACAGCCGUGACCUACUUUUCCUACUUUUGCAACCAUAAACAAACUCGAACAGAGUCAAGAGAAAAACUAACAAAGUCCGACCGUGAGCAAAGAUGUGCUGGAGAAAGCAAACCAUCUACACGGGCUGCCGGCACAGCGAGGUCGAAGAAAUCGCCUGCGACGACCAGAAGAAGAGUCAGAGGCGAUACGGCUACCCGGCGACGUCCAUGAGCCAGUACCAAUCAUACCAAGAGGAGCAGCGGCAAGAGCAGCAGCACCAGAAAAGCUCCUGGCUGGCCCUCAUCUGCCCCUGCUUCUCCCUCACCUGCACGUCCCCGAGCAAGGAGAAAUGCCGCCUCAAGCCCAUCCUCGAUCCCCUCAACGGCAAGUGUCCCCAGUGUCUCAAGAAGAAAGCUGACGCAGCAGUGCUUAGCGACUUGGGUGUCAACUCGCCGCAGCGGCUGGAGGAGACCACCCCGACCGCCUCCAAGCGGCAAGGCUUCAUCGGCAACGGGCACUUGCCCGUCCAAGGACGCCCGGGGUUUCAUGCUGCUUACGGUGUCACAGAACCACAAGGGAGUCCAUAUCGGGAAGGCUCCGCACCGUCGAGGAGCCGGCGCGAUGGCGUGGUACCGACGGUGGCCGGCCGUGGCGAUGCGACGCCCGAAGCUUCUCGGAACCGGCCGCCGCUUUGGGUAAACGCUCGGUACGAGGAGGUUGCGCGGCAGGAACGGCUCCGCCGGCAGCAGCAGGAUGCCCAACUUCGGGAGCAACAGCACAAACAUGCGCAGCAAGAGCCAGCGCAUCGUGAUGUACACAAGAGCCAGGAUCAAGGGCCAAGUGGUUCUUCUACGUCAGACCCUGAGGGAUGCGCGUUCGACGAGCUCGGCGGGCCCGGAGGUUCGACUGCGCACCUCGUCUCUCGGCCGCUGCAAACCUCCAAGACCAAGGAGAACCAGAAUGAGACAACGAAGGCGAAGCCCCUCGGCCGCAGCACUGCCAGAGUGAGGAGGAGUCCGCAACUGAGCGUCGUUACGGAGGAGCGAACCAGCAGGGAUGAUCACGCCGUGGGCUUGGAUUACAUUACGGAGAUCUCAUUGGACGAGUUGUUUGACGAGGUCGAGGAGAUGUGGCAAAUGGCCCCCAACCAGCUGCGAUAGU